AUGAAUGGCAUUCAUCCUGCCGAGCCUGAUGGCACAAGGGAACGCUCAGCACCAGGUCCAGCCUUACUCCAUCGCUCGCUGAAUGCACGCCCAUACAAAGUCACCUCGGCAAAGGGUCUGUACUUGACGCUCUCUGACGGGCGGACAAUCAUGGAUGCCUGUGGCGGCGCGGCGGUCGCGUGCCUGGGCCACGGCAAUGAGGAAGUCCUCCAGGCCGUCUCGCGCCAGAUGAGCACCGGCGUCAGCUACGUCCACUCGCUGACCUACACGACCGAUGCGGCCGAGGAGCUGGCGCACCAUCUCGUCGACGGGCCUCAGGGCGCGAGCCGGUUCGGGCUCGAGCGUGCGUACUUUGUCAACUCGGGCAGCGAGGCCAUGGACGCGGCGCUGAAGUUGGCCAGGCAGUACUUUUUUGAACUGGGCCAGACGACGACAACAACAACGGCCAGAUCACGCUUCGUGAGCAGGAAGCAGAGCUACCACGGCACCACGGUCGGGGCCAUGAACGUGAGCAGCAAUCUGCCACGCAAAGUGCCCUACGCGUGUUUCCAGUUGGACAAUGUCAGCUGGGUCACUCCCGCGUACGCGUACCAGUAUUCGAACUGGCAGAGCGGGGAGACCGAAGAGGAAUUCACGCGGAGGCUGGUAGACGAGCUGGACGCGCAUUUUCGCGAGAUUGGACCCGAGAGCGUCGUUGCCUUUGUCGCAGAGCCGCUGGUCGGCGCGACCAGUGGCUGCACGCCGGCCCCCAAGGGGUAUUUUCAGGGCGUCCGGCGGGUGUGCGACAAGUACGGCAUACUGUUGAUCCUGGACGAAGUUAUGUGCGGCAUGGGCCGGACAGGGACCUUCUUCGCCUUCGAGCAGGAAGGGAUCGUGCCGGACCUGGUCACGGUCGGAAAGGGCCUGGGAGGCGGAUACGCGCCUGUCGCGGGCGUCUUGAUCCACAAGAAGAUCGUCGACGCCCUGAGGUCUGGCACCAGCAGCUUCAACCACGGACACACCUACCAGGCCCACCCCGUCGGCUGCGCCGCGACGCUGGCGGUGCAGAAGAUCCUGAAGCGCGACGGCCUGGUCGAGAACGUCGCGCGCCUCGGCCGCAUCCUGUACCCUCUGCUCCUGCACACGUUCAGGGCGGCAAAGUACGUGGGCGAUAUCCGCGGACGCGGCUUGUUCUGGGGCAUCGAGUUCGUCCGCGACAAGGCCACACGCGAGUCCUUCCCACCGCGUGCGUGCUUUGGUGCUCGCUUUCAAGCCAUGACGUUUGACCUGGGAGUCGCCGUCUAUCCCGGCUCUAGCACGGUGGAUGGCACGAGAGGUGACCAUGCCAUUCUCAGCCCGCCGUAUAAUGUGACCGAGGAUGAGCUGAGGAAGAUCGUCGAGGUGAUGAAGUUGGCGUAUGAUCGCCUAGAAAAGGAAGUGGAUGGUGAGUCUUGGGACGAGAAGGCUGCAAAUGGACAUGCAAAGCCAUAUUAA